GCGUGCGCCGGGUGGGGGCGGCGAGCUGCGGCCGGGCCCGCGCGAGGCGGCGGGGCGGCCGAGAGAGAGAGAGCCUGGCCUCUGAGGACCUCCCUGUGCACUGCAAAGGCACCCCACGAGGCUACUCUUGAAAAAUGGCCACAGAAACUGCAGGAGAGGCAGGAGUGUGGAGACAAACCAAAGCUCUCUUAUUCAAGAACUACCUUGUUAAAUGCAGGACUAAGAAGAGUAGUGUGCAGGAAAUCCUUUUUCCACUAUUUUUUUUAUUUUGGCUUAUAUUAAUGAGCAUGAUGCAUCCAAAUCGGAAGUUUGGCGAGGUGCCCAACACUGAUCUUGGUACUUUAGAUCGCUCCAUGCUCUUGGACUUCAUUCUUGGAUACACACCAGUGACAAACAUGACAAGAAAAAUCAUGCAGAAAGUGUCUUUUGAAUAUUUUGCAGAUGGUGUAAUUACAGAAGAAUUUUUCAGUGAAAAAGAAUUGCAAGAGGCUAGUACUGUUAACCCCUCAAACUUUGUUGGUGUAGUUUUCAAAGAUUCUAUGUCCUACCAGCUUAGAUUCUUUCCUGGUGCUGUCACAGUGUCGUCUAUCAAUGUAGAAUCAAGAGCCAGUUGUUCCAGUUUAUCAAAGGGAUGUGAAUCUGUUACAUACUGGUACUCGGGAUUUGCAGCUCUACAGGCUUGUAUCGAUGCAGCAAUAAUACAGCUGAAGACUAAUCAUUCAGUUUGGGAAGAACUGGAAUCAACUAAAGCUAUUAUUAUGGGAGAGGCUGCUGAUAUGAAAAUUGAUUAUUUUCCUCGAGCAAUUAUUUUAAUUUACCUAGUAAUAGCUUUCUCACCCUUUGGGUACUAUUUGGCAAUUCAUAUUGUGGCAGAAAAGGAGAAGAAGUUGAAGGAAUUUUUAAAGAUAAUGGGCCUUCAUGACACUGCCUUUUGGCUGUCGUGGGUUCUGCUGUACACAACUCUGAUUUUUGUCAUGUCCAUUCUCAUGGCAGUCAUUGCAACAGCCUCUUCACUAUUUCCCCAAAGUAGCUCCUUCGUGAUAUUUCUUCUUUUUUUCCUGUAUGGAAUAUCCUCAGUUUUCUUUGCUUUCAUGCUGACGACUCUAUUUAAAAAAUCAAAGCAUGUGGGUGUAGUUGAAUUUUUGGCAACCCUGGCUUUUGGUUUUGUGGGUCUCACUAUUGUCCUGCUGGAUGAUUUUCCGAAGUCUUUUGUAUGGACCCUAAGCCCCUUGUGUCAGUGUACGUUCUUGAUUGGGAUUGCACAGGUCAUGCAUCUGGAAGAUUAUCAAGAUGGUGCAAUAUUUUCAAAUUUAAAUCACGGUCCUUAUCCACUAGUUAUUUCUCUUAUUUUACUGGUUCUGGAUAGCAUGUUUUACCUACUUCUAGCUGUCUAUCUUGAUCAGGUCAUUCCAGGUGAGUUUGGAUUACGACGGCCAUCAUUUUUCUUUAUGAAGCCCUCGUUUUGGUCAAAGCGCAGAAGAAAUUACAAGGAGUUAUAUGAGAGUAGUGUUAAUGGAAGCUUAAGUUUCAGUGAGAUGGUUGAACCUGUAUCUUCAGAAUUUCAGGGAAAAGAAGCUAUCAGAAUCAGCUGUGUUCAGAAAACAUUCCGCAAAAAGGGUGAAACUGUGGAGGCUCUCAGAAGUUUAUCCUUUGACAUAUAUGAGGGUCAGAUUACAGCUUUACUUGGGCAUAGUGGAACAGGCAAGACAACACUGAUGAAUAUUCUUUGUGGACUCUGCCCACCUUCUGAUGGGUUUGCAUCUGUCUAUGGACACAGAAUCUCUGAAAUUGAUGAAAUGCUCGAUGUAAGAAAGAUAACGGGGGUUUGCCCACAAUUAGAUAUACAUUUUGACGUAUUAACUGUGGAAGAGAAUUUAUCUAUAUUUGCUCAUAUUAAAGGGAUAUCUCCCAAUCUUCUGAUACAAGAGGUGCAGAAAGUGAUGAAUGAUUUGGAUAUGCAGCCCAUCCGAGAUAACCAAGCUAAAAAAUUAAGUGGAGGGCAGAAGAGAAAGCUGUCGAUAGGAAUCGCUGUUCUUGGGAGCCCAAAGGUUUUACUUUUGGAUGAACCAACUGCUGGUAUGGACCCAUGUUCUCGGCACAUUGUUUGGAAUCUCCUGAAAAACAGACAAGCCAAUCGGGUAACAGUAUUCAGUACUCAUUUCAUGGAUGAAGCAGAUAUUCUUGCUGAUCGAAAAGCUGUGAUUUCUCAAGGGAUGCUGAAAUGUGUUGGCUCGUCUCUCUUCCUCAAAACCAAAUGGGGAAUUGGCUACCGCUUGAGUAUGCAUAUAGAUGGGUAUUGCAAUAUAGAAGCUACAACAGCCUUGAUCAGACAGCAUAUCCCUGGAGCCAGCUUGGUACAACAGAAUGAACUGCAGCUUGUGUAUACCUUACCUUUUAAAGACAUGGACAAGUUUUCAGGAUUAUUUUCUGAUCUAGACACUCAUUCACAUUUGGGUGUUAUUACUUAUGGAGUUUCCAUGACAACCUUGGAGGAUGUGUUCCUGAAGCUGGAAAUUGAAGCAGAAAUUGAUCAAGCAGAUUAUAGCAUAUUUAAUUCCCAGUCAGCAGGCGAGGAAAUGGAUACAAAAUCAUUUGAUGAGAUGGAACAAAGCCUACUGAUACUCUCUGAGACGAAAUCAUCUGCAGUAAGCAAUACCGCUCUCUGGAAACAGCAGGUGUCUACUAUAGCAAAGGUUCAUUUCCUUAACUUAAGACGUGAAAAUAAGUCAGUGGGAAUUAUGUUGUUGCUUUUUUUAGUUUUUCUUGCAGUUCAGAUUUUAAUGUUUCUUAUACAUCACUACUUCAAAAAUUCUGUGGUUCCCAUCAAACUUUCCCCAGAUUUGUACUUUCUGAAGCCUGGAGAAAAAUACAACAAGUACAAAACAAAUCUCCUCCUUCAGAACUCCACAGGAUCAAAUAUUGAUGAUCUCAUCAGUGCUCUCAGAAGCCAGAAGAUAUUGACUGAGAUGUUCAAUGACAGUGAUUACGUGUCGGCUGCACCUCACAGUGCAGCUUUAAAUGUGUCGCUUUCAGAACAGAGCUCCAUUUUUACAGCUGUAUUCAACAGUACUAUGGUGCACUCUCUGCCUGUUUUGAUGAACAUCAUUAGCAACCUGUUUCUCCGCAACUUAAAUGUGACUGAGAAUAUUCAAAUCUGGAGUAAUCCAUUCAUUCAAGAGACUGAUGACACAGUUUUCAGACUGGAGGCUUUUUUCCAAGCGAUGUUACUAGGAAUCAUUGUAACGGGGGUGCCACCAUAUUUUGCGAUGGAAAAUGCAGAAAACCAUAAGAUCAAAGCCUACACUCAGCUUAAGAUCUCCGGUCUUUAUCCAUCUGCUUACUGGAGUGGACAAGCCGUCAUUGACUUUCCUUUAUUUUUCAUUAUUCUUGUUCUGAUGAUAGGAAGCUUAUUUGCAUUUCAUCAUAGUGUUUAUUUCGAUACUUGGAAGUUCCUUGCUGUUAUCUUCUGCCUUAUUGGCUAUGUACCAUCAGUAGUGCUGUUCACUUAUGUGCUCUCUUUCACCUUUAAAAAAGUGCAAAAUACCAAAGAAUUUUGGUCGUUUAUUUUUUCAAUGACUGCUUUGAUCUCUACUGCUGUCACUGAAGUAGCAUUCUUUCUGAGAUAUUUCAUAGUAACCACCAUUUUGCAUUAUGUCUUCUGUGCCUUCAUUCCCAUCUAUCCUCUUAUUGGAUGCCUGAUUACUUUUAUAAAGGUAUCAUGGAAACACCUACAAAAGAAUGAAAAAUACCAUGACCCCUGGGACAAACUCUUGGUAGCAGUUAUCACGCCUUAUUUGCAGUGUGUAGUGUGGCUGUUCCUCCUGCGAUAUCUUGAAGUGAAAAAUGGAGGUAAAUCGAUAAGAGAGGACCCAUUUUUCAGAACUACUACAAAGAUCAAAACAUGGAAAUUUCAAGAUGAUCCACAUAAUGAGAAUGAGGAUGAAGACGUAAAGGCAGAGAGGUUGUGGGUUAAAGAAAAGACAAGCUGCCAGAGCUGUGAUGAGAAACCAGCAAUUCUGGUCAGCAGUCUGCAUAAAGAAUAUGAUGAAAGGAAGGAUUUUCUUCUUGGGAGAAAAAUAAAGAAAGUGGCAACUAAACACGUCUCUUUUUGCGUAAAAAAAGGAGAAAUACUUGGAUUGCUAGGACCAAAUGGAGCUGGAAAAAGCACACUGAUUAACAUGCUAGUGGGAGACGUUGAACCAACUGCUGGCCAGGUGCUGAUGGGAGACUGUUCUUUAGGAUUGAAUAGUGAGGAUCAUUCUGCUAAAUUUGUGGGAUAUUGUCCUCAAGUAAAUCCACUUUGGCCAGAUAUUACGUUGCAGGAGCAUUUUGAAAUAUAUGGAUCUGUCAAAGGAAUGAGUAAAACUGAUGUGGAAGAAGUUGUAAAACGCAUUGCAAGUGCCCUUGAGUUGAAAAACCAUCUACAGAAAACAACAAAGAAAUUAGUGGUUGGAAUUAAACGCAAGUUGUGUUUUGCGCUAAGUAUGCUGGGUAAUCCCCAGAUUACGUUGCUAGAUGAACCAUCUACUGGUAUGGAUCCUAAAGCCAAACAACACAUGUGGAGGGCAAUUCGAGCAGCAUUUAAAAGCAAAGAGAGAGCAGCUAUUCUGACCACUCAUUAUAUGGAAGAGGCUGAAGCUGUGUGUGAUCGAGUUGCAAUCCUCGUGUCUGGACAGUUAAGGUGUAUUGGUUCAGUUCAGCAUCUAAAGAGCAAAUUUGGCAGAGGCUAUUUCUUGGAAAUUAAAUUAAAAGAAACAGCAGGCGUACAACAGGUGGCGUUUCUUCACAGGCAGAUUUUGCACAUCUUCCCAAAUGCAAAUCAUCAGGAAAGUUUUGCCUCCAUUUUGGCAUAUAAAAUUCCUAAGGAAGAUGUACAGUCGCUCUCUCAGUCUUUUUCUAAACUGGAAGAAGCCAAACAUGCCUUUAAUAUCGAGGAGUACAGCUUUUCUCAAGCAACCCUGGAACAGGUUUUUGUGGAGCUUGCUAAAGAACAAGAAGAGGAAGAUAACAGUUUUGGAACCUUAAACAGCACACUUUGGUGGGAAAGAACACAGGAAGACAGAGUCAUUUUUUGAGCUCUUUAAAUACUGUCAGAUUCAAUAGAUGUACACUACAGUUCACUUUUGUCUGACUCUCUUUUUUGUUUCUUGUAAUGUGUGCUGAGUGCUAAGAAAGCAGUUGAGAUUGAGAAAAAUAUUUGACUUGAAAAACAAAAAUAAUAAUUGUAAACUUUGAGCAUAUUUCCUCUGCCUGGACUUAUCCAUCAAUGUUAUGCAACUGUGGGAGUGCCUUUAUUUGUGAGGACUCUUAUUGCUUGCAUGUAAUUGGUCUGUUUUUUAAAAUUUCUGAUCCACUCGCCUUACUCUGUCCUAUUUUGAAGCGAUAAUGGUAAAUGACAAUUUAGUCCUUUAUAAUUUCCUGUUUGUUUUGGUCAAUCUGUGCUCUAUGCUUCUAGAAACUCCAACCUUGAGCUUGUUCAGCUAUUCAGUGUGUGAUGUCAGUAUAUAAUUGCUCAACUCCAGGAUCAAACUUCUGCCUUGCUUAUCUUUCAAGACGGAGCUUCCAGCAAAGGCAGGGGUCCACAGAACCAGGGCAGCAGCACUAGAAAAGAGUCACAAAAAUAGAAGUCAGCACAGAAGAUAUAGCAAUGCCAGAAGUCAGUGACUUGUCUGAGUUGGAGUAAACAUGUAGAUAUAAGGUGGAUGUUUAAAGAAGUCAAUUUUGAGCUUUAACUGCCCGAUAGUGUUCUGGUAAGCUUUAUCAUCACUUCCUCUACAUAAAAUUCCAUGUAGACUACAUUGCUAUACAGACAGCUCACUUAACUGCCUGAUUCCAGGGUUCAUCAUGGAAUAUGAUGCUGGUUAGUUCAGCCUAAAUUGUUUGUAUGAUACCAAAUACCGAUACCUAAAAUUCAGUUAGCUUAUAUGCUGACUUUAAAUUCCCAUUGGAUCCUGCUGAUCAAAAUGCUGAUGCUCCUGUUUGGUAUGGUAUAUCUCAGGUCAACUCUCCUUAUCCAAAAUAAUCAGUAUAGUACCACAGUGCCUCCAUAACUGAUCCUGCUCCAUCACCUCAAUUCUUGAGUUUAUUUACUGUAUCUCAGUUUUAAACUCCUCCUCUUUGUGCCAUAUAUGGACUUUAGUAUCCAGAUGACCAUACUCGUUAGUCUCUUCUCAUCAUAAUGUUCCUCCAGUCCUGUGCUGCUUCAGAAUGUGUAACCUGUGUGUGUGUUUUAACUAAUCUCUGCUUUUUCCCUUGUUCUCUGCCCUCUUCUGGGCUAGCUCCCCGGCUGAUCAGUAGGCACAUGAUCUAUAGCAUAUUGAUGAGGGACACAGCUGUCACUUCACAAACUUGCUUGGAAGAGGCCAGAGGCCCUUUUUGCUUUUGGAAAAGAGGGGGGAAAGGAAAUUCAACAUUCAUCGCUAAAUAGGGCCCUAAAUUAUAUAAUAAACUUAGCUUGGGAUCCACUCAACAUAAAAAUAUUUACACAUUAGUAUAAUAUGGCACCUGGUUAACCAUUAUGAACCUUUUUAAUGCAAAUUGGCAGGUGUAACUCUAAUCAAGUUACCUUUGUAGGUUGCAUAAAAAUGUAUAAUGCAUGCACUUGUAAGUUUAAAUGUGGUUUGCAAAGCUGGAUAGGUUCCUUUGAGUCUAUAUUUGUAAAAGCGUGACCACCAAAUGAAUAUAUCUUUAUGGAAUUUGCAUAAAUGUGAGCAUUUCUAGUUCUAUUCUUUGUUAAAACAAUCUGUUUUGUUGAACACGUGUUCUAAGACACGUUUAAAAGGCAUUUCUUUAGGUGUGUUCAUUUUUUGUGACCGUGAAUUUACAGGCUUGUGCACCAAUACUCUUUUGUUUUUGUUUAUCUGGCAAAAUUGUUCUCUGUAGAAGAAAUAAUAAGAGAGCCCAUGUGUGGUUCGGCAUCCUCAGAUCUGAGAGUAAGUAUUAAUCCUGUGUGUGGUUUCAAAGAAAAAAUCUUUUGAUUUAAAAAUUGAAAGAAUCAAUUCAUCUAAUUGGCUGUUUAAUCUGAGCUUUUUAGAAUCGAAAUUCAGGUUUUUGAACAAUUGAUUGCAUUGUAGAAUGUAUUAAUUGAAAUGCACUGUGCAAAUAUUCGGUAUAUCUGAAGACACAUGACACAUAAGACAUAUCAGUUACAUAUGUUUACCUUAAGAUUAGAAAAUUCCUAUCAUCUUCCUUUCUAAAAUGUUCAGAACUCAGAAAACUAUGCUCUAAGGCAAACAUUUGUGUACCAUUGGGCAAUAAUUAAUGUAAAAUUGAUAGAUUGCUUAAUUCUGCCUGUGUAGGCUCCCAUUUAUUUCAAUGCAAGUCUUAUAAUUGACCCAGUGGGGGCAGGAAUGAGCCCUAUAUGUGUACAGUUUUUGCUGCUUUCUCUGUACAUCUAGGAUUGCAUGGAAUGAUGUGGAUCUUGUUUUCUUACAUAUUGCACUUGAGCCUGUGAAUCCCACUUAGACCUUGAUAUCCUGCGUGGUGGUGCGAUCCCUAUGCUGAGUGGGAAGGGAGAGGGUGCAUUACCUUUCAGGAGCUGGUAUACAGUCAAGCUGUCCACUUUAAUAAGCUAUAUAUCGUGGAACCAUCUUGUACUGAAAUGUGGAGUAAUGUAACUCAGUUUAUAUUGAAAUAGAAUGAUUGUCCGCUGAAUUGUUUUAAGGCACUGACUGGGCCAAAUUCUGCUUUGUUACACUGAUGCAAUCCUAUUGCUGUUGUUGUAAUGUAUUUAUUUAACACUUAUAUUGCAGUAGCAUCUAGAGACUGAUGCCCCAUUGUCCUGGGUGCUGUACCACUAUAUAGUGAAUGAGAGUCCCUACCCAAAAAGCUUGCCACUGACUUAAAUCAGUCGAUUGGAUUGCAGUGACAGAGCAGAAGUUUGUUCAAUGUAAUAAGAAAGUUUCUCUGUAUUUUAUAACAAAGAUGAGGCUGAGAAUAAUAAUUACCCAGAGCUUGUGUUGAUGUGCUGUCUUUAUCCCAUUUAUUCUACAUAUCUGUUUUACUCUGGUACUUUCUUCAUCACUACAUGAUACCCCCGUACCUCGGACUUCAUAUCUACUGACAUCAUAUCCCAUUGCUUACACUCUUAGGGUCUCAUCCGAAAACCUAUUAAAUCAAUGUAUGUAAUAGGAGCCUUUCCAUUGACUCCAGCGAACUUUAGAUCAUGCCCCUCGCAUCAGAUCCUUCGUGAAUGAGUAAUAACCCGCACUACGCAUUCGUUAUGUGAAUACAAGGUAAUGCUUAUGCCUUGCCAACAUACUAUUAUUUUUUUGCUUUUUAUCAUCUUCAAGUAAACCUGUAUCUUCAAAUCUUCAAGUAAAUCUGAUGUUGCAUUGUUUCACGUUUUUCGCAUUCAAAUACAUUUUGAAAGAUAAUGAAUCUAGUUAACUCUCACACACUGGCACAUUCAAUACGUAUCCGUUGCCAAAUAGCAGAUGUCAUAGCUUCAGAAAAACACAAUUGGCCAAAAGAAUUGAAAAACUUAAAUAUUGAAUCUUUUCUUUCUCCAAAAGAUCAUAGAUAAUAGACUUAGGGAAAUCCUCCAUCCUCCUGCCUUUUCAGCAGGUACGACAUUUGUCUUAUUCCCAGAACCAAAUUUUCUCCAGACUGUACAGGUUAAAUUCCCUAAUGCUUCUCUACAAAUUUAUACAUGCUAAUCUUUACCUUCAUGCUCCCUAGAGUUUAACAAUAUUAUUAUUCAGGAUGAAGUGCCCCAAAUUGUAGAGUGCUCCAUCUGGCCUCAUUUUGCCCAGUCUCUAAACUCGUGUCAUUAAGGUCACUUCUGCCUUUCACUGUGUUCAAAAUUACUCCAACAUGGUGUCAUCUAUAUUAUUAAUGUACAGUUUGCUCUUUCUUCUGAUGUAUGACAAUACUGUGGUUGGCAGGUUAGGACCCUUUGUUAUACCUGAUGCCUCUUUCCAAUUUGAUUCUCUUCUCUUUCAUCUAUAAUUCCUCUGUUGAUCUAUAGCCAUUCAGAGAGUUUUGUAUUCUAUCAUACUAGCCAAGUAACAUUGUUCUGACUUUUCUAAUAGGGUUUGAUUUUUCUAAUAGGUUUGUCACUAACUUUUUCAUGAUCCAUAUCAAAGGCUUUUUUAGAAUCUAGGAGAAAUAUGCCUAGAAUUGUUCUCAUCUACACUGCAGUAGCCCCAUUGAUGGUUACUCUGAAUUUACAGAUAUAAGUGAGAGCAGAAUUUGCCCCCUUAAGUCCACUAGAUAUGUGGUGCCUAAUAGAUCUCAAAAACAGAGGAAAUUAUAUGGAAGAUCAAAUAUAUUGAAAUACAGUGAAGGACAAUUGAUAUCAACUUAAAACUUUAGAACUAAAAUGUUACAUUUGCGCUCAGUGGCUUUUGUUGGUAUUUUAGUACUAUAAAUAAUAAACUGAACUCAAACUGUACAUAAUAGAGAGAUAAUACAAACCUCAGAUGACAGUAUAACAGGAAGCCAGGUAGUUGUGGAUUCUUGUUCCAGGUCUGACCCUGAUGAUGCUGGGUGACCUUGGACAAGUAACUUAGUUCCCCUGUCUAUAAAACGGAUAUAGUAAUACUUAUCUACCUCACAGGGAUGAUGUGAGGAUCAAUUAGUUAAAGUGUCUACAAAACUUUGAAGAUAAAAUUGCUUUAGUAGUAUUAUAAGGAUGUAUUUUUGUAUUGGUGUUCUAAUAACUCAGAUUUUGCUCACAUUAUCAUGAGAAAUCCUUAUUUAAAAUAUACUGUACAGUUGCGUGUAGUUUAUCUAUAUGAUAUGUGCUAUAUUCCUUCAUAACAGGAAUAAUUUUUAUUUAACCAUUGUUAGCCUUCUUUUAAUGUACAUCGUGAUAUGAGUCAUAUGCUUUCUUGGGCAUUUAUGUUGUUUAAUUUUGUACAUAUGUUUAUUUUUCUUUUAUCAUUUUGAUGUAUUUGUAAAACAAUUAGCAAUUGUUUUUGUUUUUCCCAAUAGAAAGUGCUGUUGAAAUAAAGAUGGCUGGAUUGCUAAUGCUCACACCUUUA